AUGCGCCCGCCGUCGCCUGGCUGGUGUAGGAUUUUGGCAGAGCCGGCCAUGAUGUUAUGGUUCGUGGUGGGAGCCUUGUUCCCAGCUCUGCUCCUGGCUGCUCCACCUCCCAUCAACAAGCUCGCCCUCUUCCCAGACAAGAGCGCCUGGUGCGAGGCCAAGAACAUCACCCAGAUCGUGGGGCACAGCGGCUGCGAGUCCAAAUCCAUCCAGAACAGGGCCUGUCUGGGACAGUGUUUCAGCUACAGCGUCCCCAACACCUUCCCCCAGUCCACAGAGUCCCUGGUUCACUGCGACUCCUGCAUGCCAGCCCAGUCCAUGUGGGAAAUUGUGACACUGGACUGCCCAGGCAACGAGGAGAUCCCCAGGGUGGACAAGCUGGUGGAGAAGAUCUUGCACUGCAGCUGCCAGGCCUGCGGGAAGGAGCCGAGCCACGAGGGAGCCCUGUUCAACGUGUACCUGAACGCCGAGGAGAACAUGGCCCACGAGGGGCCCGCGCCCCACCACUACCCCCACCACCAGCAGGAGCUGGAGGAGCCGCCGGCCUCCAGCCACCACCACCACGAGGAGGAGGGCGAGGAGUGA